GACCAGGGUGAAGGAACAAAGUGAAGUAGUACUUUGACGCGUCCUCCCUUGCACUCCAGAGUGAACUAGCGCUUCAGCGCUGCGGAAGACGCCUGCCUGUGGAAACCAUGACUACCAAAGCCCCUUGUUCACCAGGCGACAGUCUCCAAGUUUUCAAGGGGACUUUGCUCCACUCCACUGACACUUCCCCAUUGGAAACUCUGGACCAUCGUAUCCUGGGAGUGAACGGGAUGGGGAAGAUUGUUUUCAUUGAGACUGUUGAUAAAGAAAAUGAGUUGUCCCAAAAAUGGCAUUUCAAGAAAGAGGACAUCAGAGUGCUUCGACCAAGGGAGGAAUUCUUUAUUCCAGGACUGAUCGACACACAUAUCCAUGCAUCCCAAUAUCCAAACAUGGGAUCUUGCCUGGAUCUACCACUUCUCGAUUGGUUGAUCAAAUAUACAUUUCCUGUUGAAGCCAAAUUCAAAGACCUGAAGUUUGCAGAGGAUACCUACACUAAAGUAGUGAAAAGAACUCUAAGGAAUGGCACUACCACUGCAUGUUAUUUUGCAACCAUUCACACAGAUUCAUCUUUAAAGCUUUGCGACAUUGUAGAUAAAUUGGGCCAACGUGCUUUUGUAGGUAAAGUUUGUAUGGACCUUAAUGAGCUGUUUCCUGAGUAUAAAGAAAUAUUGUGCGAAUCUUUGAGUGAAACUGCAAGAUUUGUUGCUGAACUGGCCUAUCGGAAGUACCCUCUGGUGAACCCCAUUGUGACUCCUCGUUUUGUGCCUAGCUGCUCCUCGAAAUUAUUGCAGCAACUGGGGUCAUUUGCCAAACGCAACAACUUGCACAUUCAGAGUCACGUGAGUGAGUCUUGCAAAGAGGUGGAGGUUGUGAAGGGAAUGUUUCCAAACUACAAGGAUUAUUCCGAUGUUUACGACAAACAUAGCCUCCUGACUGAUAAGACAAUCAUGGCACAUGGAGUGCACCUCUCUGACGAUGAGCUGGAACGCUUCCAUAGAAAAGGAGUGGCCAUUUCACACUGUCCAAAUUCAAACACCUCACUUUGCAGUGGCUUAUUUGAUGCCCGAAAUGCUUUGAAUCAUAAAGUAAACAUAGGACUAGGAACUGAUGUUUCAGGUGGCUACUCUCCUUCUGUGCUUAACGCUGUGCGAGGUGCAAUUGAUGUAACCAAAAUUCUGAGCUUAAAAUUUUCCGAUUACGAAAAGCUUACAUACCAGGAGGCAUUUAGACUUGCCACCCUUGGUGGCAGUAAAGCUUUGGGUCUUGAUAAACUGACCGGAAACUUUGAGGUGGGGAAGGAUUUUGAUGCCAUUCUUGUCAACACCAAUGUCCCAUUUGGUCCUUUUGAAGUGUUCCCCGACGACACUCAGCAGGAUAUUUUCCAGAAGUUCUUGUUCUUAGGAGAUGACCGGAACAUGGUUGAAGUAUAUGUUGCUGGCAAGAAAGUAGUACCUUUCCAGGAAUCCUAGAAUAAUAAUGGCAUUGGGAUCUGUUGCAGCAAGGCACAUUUAAUGCAUAUUAUUUUCAGGCAUAGCAAAUAACAAGUAUAAACAUGUUUCGUUUCUGCUUGUUGCCUCUGUUACUGUUUACAUACUAUUGCUUCUUUGGCUUUUUUUUUGCGGUAAGAAUAAGACUUUAUAUGGUAAAUCCCAUGAUUUAAUGACAUCAAUGCAGAGUUCCACUCAAUGAUUGCUGUUUGGAUCUUUGAAGGUCAAUGAGUUUGAAAAUGUUGUUGCCCUUUUACUUGUAAAAUCCAUCCUCAUCUUUCUCACUAGUUAUUUUCCUGUCUUUUUCUACUACAGUGAGGUUUCUCUGGCUUUUGCAUGGCAACGGGGACCCUUCCAACCACCUGCCAGCAUUGCUUUGUGAAACCAAGCCCAAGAUGGCAUUUGAGAGACAUCAGUCCCACACACAGACACACAUACACUCCAGUCCAGGUUGACAGAUGGUGGAUCAGGUGCCAGAGGAGUCUGGCAUUCCCUAAUCCUGGGCUAAAGGGUCACACUGUAGUGCCCCCACCCACUGACCUGGGUAUGAUGAACUGAUUCACAAUAGAUGGAGGUAGCUCAGACAUUCACAGAGUGAGAAAGCACUGAAAGAGGUCAUUCGAACCAUCAACGUCAUGCUAGCUCUCUGAGAGAUCUAUCCAAUUAGUCCCUCUCUGCCUUUCCCCAUCCCAUCCAAAAUGUUGCCUGUUCAAGUAUUUAUCCAAUUCCUUUAAAAAGUUAUUAUUUAAUUCCCUUCCACCGCCCUUUCAGACAGCGCACUCCAGAUCAUAACAAAUCCAGGCAUGAAGGAAAAUCUCCUCAUCUCCUUUCUGACUCUUUUAUCAAUUACCUUAAAUCUGUGACCCCUGGUUACCAAGCCUCCUCCUAGUGGAAACAGUUUCUCCCCAGCCUCUGUCUUGACCUUCAUGAUUUGAGCACCACAAUAAACCUUCCCUUGCUCUUCUCUGCUCUAAAGAGAACAAUUCCAGCUUCUCCAGUCUCUCCAGGUAACACACGUCCCUCAUUCCUGAUGCCAUUCUAGUCAAUCUGCACCUUCUCUAAGGCUUUGAUCCCUUUCUUUCAAGUGUGGUGCCCAGGAUUCGACACAACACUCCAGCUGAGACCUAACCAGUGAUUUCUAUCAGUUUAAAUGAUACCUUCACUACUAUGGUUUCUGCCCUGGACAGUUUAUGAGAAAAUUACAUAUAAAAUGUAAAUGUCAAUAGUUCCCUAACUGCUUUUAGUAGAUGAAUAGAUCCUGUAGUUAUAUUCCCAAACCACAAACUAGAAGGGUCCAGUAUAGAAAAAUGAAACAAUCACAGGAUUGUUACAGCAUAGAGGAGGCCAUUCGGCCUGUUGUGUCUACACUGGCUCCCUGUAGGAGCAAUUUACCUAGUGCCACUCCCCUGCCUUCUCGUUGUAAGCCUGCACAUUUUUCCU